AAAAAAAAAGGCAUGUCGUUUUAUUAGGUGGGCUGGUGGACGAGUAUCAAUUGGAGAGUCCGAGAAGAAGAAAAUUCAAAAAAUAAAAAAAGAAAGUGGCGAUUUACCAGAUGAACAAAGAAAUGGCCAUUUUUGAAGUGGCAGAAGACUCUUGGUUGAUUUUCCCGCUACUUCCGCUGAUUAGUUGGUACUAAGGAUUUGAAAUUUACCCUAGUGAUAUGGAUUAACCCGACUUCCGGUGUGUAGCUUUUUCUGCUCAAAGACCCCCAUCACUCAUGCCACUGCUAUUUGCUAAGCUCCCUCUCUAACCCUUUCUCUCUCUCUCUCUGAGAACAUGUCCUCCAGUGCAUUGUCUCUCAAUAAAAAGCUCUUGAAGCCAACCUCAUUUUUUGGUGUCAAGUUAUGGGUUUUGCUUAUAAUCUUCAUUGUUCUAUUCACAGUUCUCACUCUUAUAGUCUUCCUGCUCUGUGUCAUACAUUAUCGUCGUCAAAAAUCCUACAAAUCCCGUUUUUGCUUCCAAAAUCCCAUAGCUCACAAAAAUCCACACAAUGCAUAUUGUAGUUCAUCCCUUGAUCGGAGGCUGCUUUCGCUUAACCUUUCGGAAAUUGGGAUGAACAGCGGGAAGCUGCGGCAACAUCAUGGACAGCUGUUUUCAGAUCAGUUGUCCUCUACUCAGCAGGCUAGUGGGAGAAUCCAAAAUAGUUAUGUGACUGACUUGGAAUCGGUUUCUAGGUACUCACCAAUGGUGAAGGAUGUGUGGAGGGGCAACAAGUUUAGUCUGGGGGAGCUUGAGGUAGCAACAAACGGGUUUUCGAAAGAGAAUCUGAUUGGUAAUGGAGAUUAUGGAAUUGUUUAUCAUGGCAUUCUGUUUGAUAAUACUCGUGUGGCAGUGAAGAGGCUUGUGAGUGACAGUUUUCAAGUCGAGGACUUCAUAGCAGAAAUGGAGGCAAUCGGGUUUGUGAGACACAAAAAUCUUGUCAAGUUGCUUGGAUACCAUAUUGAAAGAGCAUACAGAUUGCUUGUGAAUGAGUAUGUAGAUAACAAAAAUCUGCAGCAUUGGCUUCAUGAGUGCUCCACUCAAGUCAGCCCUCUAACAUGGAGCAUUCGGGUGAAAAUAAUCCAAGGAAUAGCAAAAGGAUUGGCCUACCUUCAUGAGGAUAUUGAACCAAAAGUCCUACAUAGAACACUAACAUCUAGCAAUGUACUGCUUGAUCACCAGUGGGAUCCUAAGAUCUCAGAUUUUGGCCUUGCUAAGCUUUACAAUCCUGAGUGGGGGAUCACUAUAAUGGAAUCACUAGGUUACAUUGAUCCAGAAUAUGCUGCCACUGGUGAUUUCACAGAAGAGUCCGAUGUUUAUAGUUUUGGGGUACUUAUCAUGGAGACCAUAUCUGGGAGGAACCCUAUAGAUCGAAGUCGACCGCAACCAUAUCUAGUUGACUGGUUAAAGUCCAUGGUUGCCAGUCAAAAAAUUGCUUGUGUGGUGGAUCCUAAGUUGCCAGAGAAGCCCUCUUCAAAGGAACUCAAAAGGGUACUUUUGGUUGCUCUUCGCUGCGUUGAUCCCGAUUUAGAACAUAGGCCUAGAAUGGGAGAAGUUAUUCACAUGCUUGAGCCGCGUGACUUGCUACUCUGUGAUGAUCAAAGGCUUAAGAAAGAAACUUAUUAGCCAAGAGUAAAGCUUCUGCAAGAAUAGGGGCCCUACAAACACAUGAAAGGAUAAAGCUGCAGCAAAACUGGUACCAGAAAAUUGUAUUGAAGUUCAACGAAUGGUUCAUUAGGUUGAGCCCUAAGGUAUUUGUCAAUCAGGAAUAAUUCAUCUUAGAAAUCUUCAUAACAGAAGCUUUCCCUGUAAAUUCAUUAAUGCAGUUGAGCUUGCAAC